AUGCGCUGUUGUGUGUGUUUAUUCCACCUCGCCCAGCAGCGUACUCAAUCCAAGAUGGCCGCGGGAGAGAACAACGGAAGAGCCCCUUGUCUCGGUUUCUCCAGUCCGGGGCCUUUAGGCAACGUUCAGCCGAGCAACAGCGCUCAUUCUGCGGCUGCCAGCAACGGGGCGUCGGGGGGAGCGACGGGGGGGCCACAGAGUGCUGCGCGGCGCACGAACCCUCAACCGGGGCCUGGUGUCGUUGAUAACGCCGGCGUCGCAGUUGGAGCUCCACCGAACGCGCAGAACUAUAGCCCGCAGGCGGCAGCUCAGAGCGGCGCGGUCGGAGCCACGGCCGCCGGAGGGAUGGCAACCUCCGCAACAAACAUGACAACGACAGCGACAUCGAAUGCAUCCUCAGCGUCGACACCCGCGACACAUUCGUCGCUAUCGAGCUCUCCAGCCGCCGCCGCAGUGUUGGUUUACCGGGAGCCCGUGUAUAACUGGCAGGCUACAAAAAGCACCGUAAAGGAGAGGUUCGCUUUUCUGUUCAAUAACGAGGUGCUCAGUGACGUGCACUUUUUAGUUGGUAAAGGGAUGGGUGUUCAGCGAAUUCCUGCACACAGAUUUGUGCUGGCUGUAGGCAGUGCCGUAUUCGAUGCCAUGUUCAAUGGUGGCAUGGCCACUACCUCUACCGAAAUCGAGCUGCCAGACGUGGAGCCUGCUGCCUUCCUUGCCUUGCUGAAAUUCCUCUAUUCAGACGAGGUGCAGAUUGGACCGGAAACGGUGAUGACCACGCUCUAUACGGCCAAGAAGUAUGCGGUGCCGGCACUGGAGGCCCAUUGUGUGGAGUUCUUGAAGAAGAACUUGCGUGCUGAUAACGCCUUCAUGUUGCUCACGCAGGCACGUCUGUUUGACGAGCCUCAGCUUGCUAGCCUGUGUCUCGAGAACAUCGACAAGAACACUGGUGAUGCGCUGGCUGCAGAGGGCUUCACUGACAUCGACCUGGACACACUGGUGGCGGUGCUGGAGCGCGACACCCUGGGGGUUCGGGAGGUGCGUCUCUUCGGGGCGGCGGUGCGCUGGGCAGAGGCGGAGGCCCAGAGGCAGCAGCUGCAGCCAACCCCCGAAAACAAGCGGCGUGUGCUGGGCAAGGCCCUGGCCCUCAUCCGCUUCCCCCUGAUGACCAUAGAGGAGUUCGCCGCAGGCCCCGCUCAGUCUGGGAUCCUGACGGACCGGGAGGUGGUGAGCCUGUUCCUCCACUUCACGGUGAACCCCAAGCCGCGCGUGGAAUUCAUCGACCGGCCCCGCUGCUGUCUGCGGGGGAAGGAGUGCAGCAUCACGCGCUUCGGCCAGGUGGAGAGCCGCUGGGGCUACAGCGGGACCAGCGACCGCAUCCGGUUCUCAGUGAAUCGCAGGAUAUUCGUGGUUGGAUUCGGCCUCUACGGUUCCAUACACGGCCCGACAGACUAUCAGGUUAACAUCCAGAUCAUUCACACAGACAGCAACACGGUCCUGGGUCAGAACGACACAGGCUUCAGCUGCGACGGGUCGGCCAACACCUUCCGGGUCAUGUUUAAGGAGCCGGUGGAGAUCUUGCCCAAUGUGAACUACACCGCCUGUGCCACACUCAAGGGUCCAGACUCCCAUUAUGGUACCAAAGGCAUGCGGAAGGUGACCCACGAGUCCACUGCCACCGGAACCAAAACCUGCUUCACCUUCUGCUACGCUGCGGGCAACAACAACGGCACCUCCGUGGAGGACGGACAGAUUCCCGAGGUCAUCUUCUACACAUAGUGACCUCUUGACCUCUGCGGGGGUUAUCGGAGCAGUGACUUCCUGUCUUCUCCUCAGAAACCCAGUGACAACCAAUGGGGGGG